AUGGUUGUGGAAGGCGAGGAGACCAUCGAUCUGACUCAAGACAGUUCUGAUUCGAGGAAAUUAAGGAGAGUUGAUAGCGGCAGCGCUAUCGGUGGAGCUGGAGAGGAAGCUGACUCUGUUGAUAGCGGCGGCGCUAGCGUUGAAAAGGUUUCGUUUGGUUUGGACUCCUCAACUGCACAAGAGAUUUGUGGAGGAUUGACCAGAGAGAACGGCGCCAGUCAUUUACAGAAGUAUAGGCUUUUUGUAAAAUGGAUACACGGAUCAUCUAACGAAGGGCCAUCUUCUUCUGAUCCUUUAUUCGCUUCCGCUACUAUUCCAAGAGUUUUCACGAUUCAUAUUAGCAGAUAUUACAUAAAUUUUUGGGGUAGGAUUCAGAGAUUGGGAUAA